AUGAAACCUCACACCGGAAAUCACGCUCUGCCUUCUGGACUAACUCUGCUGCUGCUGGAACACUACGCCCGAGUUUGUCCAGCGACGUGUUGUCCACCACUUCGGCUCCGACCCCCCCCCUCACCUCCCAGUAUCCCCGAGAGCGGGUCGUACAACGUCACCAACAAUGGCACCACGUGCUUGUUGGCCCGCAUGGGACUGCAGCUCAACAUUACUUACACCUCUCGCUCACAGGGCAAGGUUGUUCGAGAUAUCAUAAACCUGCAACCAAAGGUGACCAAUACAUCUGGUUCCUGCGAGGCUGAAACUGCAAAGCUCGCACUCACGGAAGGGAACACAUCCCUGACGUUCUUCUUCCUUUUGAAUUCCACAACUAACAAGUAUCACCUUGAUGGACUGGCACUCUCCAUCAACUUGCCAGACUUGCCUCGGCCCAUGGACGUCCAUAACAAUAGUCUAGGCUACCUUCAGGGAACUCUGGGCUACUCGUACAUGUGCCAUCAAGAGCAGAUCUUGCCCGUUGGGCAGAAUUUCUCCCUGAACACGUUCCAUCUACAGGUGCAGCCUUUCGGUGUCAUUGGAAAUGAGUUUGGAGCAGCCGAGGAAUGUGAGCUCGAUAAAGAUGACCUGCUGAUCCCUAUCGCUGUAGGUGCUGCCCUUGCAGGCCUUGUGUUAGUUGUGCUCUUGGCCUACCUGAUUGGCAGGAGGAGAAGCCAUGCUGGCUACCAGACGAUCUAAACCUGCUCACGUAAGCUUUCAAGCCAGAAUAUGCAGCCACCACUAAUCAGUCGAUCCCUGCCCUGCCCUUUGCUGUUCUCAUGCUGCCAUUAUGCCCAUUGCCUGAGGUGAUCCUCUGACUUCUGGACUUUAAGUUGUAUAAUAACUGGAAAAUAGUUUAAGAAUGUUUGUUUAAUUUUGCACCACUCUGGGCAUUCUUUUUGGAGUGGGUGAUAAUUAGUAUUACUGAAAGGCCUAGGUCUCAGAUAAAGCACAGACUAUUGCUAAAACUGACAAGUGUUUCCCUUCAUGGUGUGUAUAACGAAAGGCUAGAGUUAAUUGAAACUGCAUCCCAGUAAGAGCCUCAGCUCUGUACAUGACAAUAAUUGAGCUCCAAGUAGGCGCAUUACUUAGGGGAAAAUAGCUGCUAUAAAUUAGUUUUUCAUCACCUAUAGAAGGGAGUACUUAACACUUCCCCUGCCACUGACAUGAUUCAGACUGUACCUCAGGAUGGCAAGGAUGCCAUGUUGCUGGACUCCAGACACACAAUUGGUAGACUUGCACUGAAGUCCGUCUGUACGAUUAUUUUCUUUCUUUAAGGUGCUGUAACGGUGUGGAAUUGCACAGGUAGCCUUGAGUAAUCCAUACUGUAUGUAAGUUGAUAUCAAGGCUGUAUUCGCUGCACUGAGGCCUUUCUCAAUACCUCUCAGACCCCAUCAUCCUCCAUUGGAAGGUGCUUCAUGCAAGAGUACACUGGUCAUAUUCUUUCCAACCUGUUAUUAUUUAUAAAUCUUACAAGAAUUAUCUGUAGCAUGGAGGAGUUCAUGUGAAAAACACGGUGAUGGUUGGCUUAACAAGGACGUUUGAUUGCUUUAUUUUCCUCACGGUCACUAGUCAUAGCUCACAUGUUAUUAGCAAACCGUAAACCAUUUAGUGUUAAACAUUAAGACUGCUUCCCUCCACCCAGCAUGCUUUGGAAUGCAAGAAAUCAGUGGCCACUCAACUGGUAAACUUCUUAUAUAUUUAAUAUUGCACAAUAAAGUCCCACUCACAGUAUGAACACUAAUCGUUAUCCUUUUCAUACUGUGAAUGUGACGUUUUGAGGUGAAGUAUUAUGAUCAUCCUGCGUGUGGGACUAAGCAGCAUUUAAAGCUUGAGAGACGGAGAGAGUGAGUGUUGAUAUAAUGAACUGAUGAAUACAGUGCACUGAACAUGAAUAUGUUACCUGCUUCUGCUGAUGUGUUUAGUGUUCUUAUUUGCAACUUGGCCUUAGUGUGAAAUGCUCUGGAGUAAUGUGUGUUGAACGAGAAUGAUGUUAAAAUUCAUAUCUAUCAGGUGUUGCAUAACAGUAGAGAAUGUGUCCAUUUAUAAAUGCAAUGACAAAUAAAAGGGAAAAAAAGUG